AAGUCGCCGGCAGCCACCGCCGGGCAGCUCCGGGCUUCGCAGGGGCAAGGCUCGCGUCGCCGGUUGCAUCCCUGCCGACUACCUUUUGGACACCACGAAGAUGGCACCCGUUGGGGGCAAAACGGCCAAGAAGGGCAUCCUAGAACGUUUAAACGCAGGAGAGGUGGUGAUUGGAGAUGGAGGGUUUGUCUUUGCACUGGAGAAGAGGGGCUACGUAAAGGCAGGCCCCUGGACUCCAGAAGCCGCUGUGGAGCACCCAGAAGCAGUUCGCCAGCUUCAUCGAGAGUUCCUCAGAGCUGGAUCGAACGUCAUGCAGACUUUCACCUUCUAUGCAAGCGAAGACAAGCUGGAGAACAGGGGCAACUAUGUUUCAGAGAAGAUAUCUGGACGAAAAGUCAAUGAAGCUGCUUGUGACAUUGCCCGCCAAGUGGCUGAUGAGGGAGAUGCUCUGGUAGCAGGGGGUGUGAGUCAGACACCCUCGUACCUUAGCUGCAAGAGUGAAAUCGAAGUUAAAAAAAUAUUUCAGCAACAGCUAGACGUCUUUCUGAAGAAGAAUGUGGACUUCUUGAUCGCAGAGUAUUUUGAACAUGUUGAAGAAGCUGUGUGGGCAGUUGAAGCUCUGAAAGUAUCUGGCAAACCAGUGGCAGCGACCAUGUGCAUUGGCCCAGACGGAGAUUUGCACGGAGUGCCCCCCGGGGAGUGCGCAGUGCGCCUGGUGAAAGCAGGAGCCUCCAUCGUGGGCGUGAACUGCCAUUUUGACCCCACGAUUAGUUUGCAGACGGUGAAGCUCAUGAAAGAAGGCUUGAAGGCUGCCGGACUGAAAGCUUACCUGAUGAGCCAGCCCUUGGCCUACCAUACUCCCGACUGCAACAAACAGGGAUUCAUCGAUCUGCCCGAAUUCCCCUUUGGACUGGAGCCCAGAGUCGCCACCAGAUGGGACAUACAAAAAUACGCCAGAGAGGCUUACAACCUGGGGGUCAGGUACAUCGGCGGGUGCUGUGGAUUCGAGCCCUACCACAUCAGGGCAAUCGCGGAGGAGCUGGCCCCUGAAAGGGGAUUUUUGCCACUAGCUUCGGAAAAACAUGGCAGCUGGGGCAGUGGUUUGGACAUGCACACCAAACCCUGGAUUAGAGCAAGGGCCAGGAAGGAAUACUGGGAGAAUCUUCGGAUAGCCUCAGGCAGGCCAUACAACCCUUCAAUGUCAAAGCCAGAUGCCUGGGGAGUGACCAAAGGAACAGCCGAGCUGAUGCAGCAGAAAGAAGCCACCACUGAGCAGCAGCUGAAAGAGCUCUUUGAAAAGCAAAAAAUCAGAUCUGCAGAGUAGCCUCAAUGGAACCUAUUUUUGGUGAAUAGCCUGAUGUUUGGGCCACAGUUCCCAUACGAAUAAGGAAAAAAAUAGUUAAAAGGCAAUGCUUGUAUUAAUGCCAGCCUACACAUAGAACUGGUAUUAGCUGAAGGAAAUAGACUUACAAAUAUAACUUGAUAACUUUAAAAGUAUAUUUUAGAAAUUUACUUAGAAGCAAAAUAAGUACCAAGUAAAUCUUAAACAGGUUUACUAAGCACCCACCAUGUAUAAGGCAUUAUGGAAAUCACUGCAGCAAAGGAAAAGUAAUUCAGACAUUAAUCCCACUUCAAGAAGCUGGUAGGCUAGCAAGGAGGAUAGGACAGGACUGUCAUAAAUGACUCGGCAACCAGCCAGGGGCAGAUAAAGUGCUAUGGGAAGUAGCCUCCAAGCUCUUUUGAACUUGACCGUAGGAAACACAAUUUAAUAAUGACACAGGAAAAUAGAUAGCAUAUAACCAUUGAAAUCAAGUGUGAUCCAUUCUGGUAUUUUCUGUUCUAUUCCUUUCCAUUCUAUUUCAUUAAUAAAACAUGCUGGUUGAGACCCUUCAAA